AUGUCUCGCUCACCCUCUCCACCACCCGAGAACACCAUCGAUCGCCAGAAGACGACGCCCUUCUUACUGAACUUCUGCUACCGAUCAUCCGCGUUCCACAGCCUGACGGACUUUCCUACCCCUACACCCUCGAAUCCGCGACCACACCUCCCCGCCCAUCUACAGAUCUACACAUGGAUGAACUGCACGCUACGGGAACUGGCGCAUCUGCUGACCCAGGCUCUUCCCAGCAUUCUACCCGAACCGAGCAUCGGCACGCGACUCAGCUUCCGCCUAGUCUACCCUGAUCUCCACGCGAGUCGUGGCGGCGGGGGCCGGCUAGAAACAGAAGGACGAGCACGGUAUCUCAGCAAAGAGAUGGGAAGCGUGGUCGUCUCCGCGCCUCUGUCGGAGUACGCCAAUGGCGGGGGCGAAUCUGGGGCCGGAGUCGCAGCCGCGUUGAAGCUCGACGGCGAAGAUGCAGACAAGACUCUUGAGGACGCGAGAUUUGUCAUUGGCGACUUUAUCGAUUGUGCUGUCUUUCCUCCACUCAGUGAUGGAUCGGUUGUCAGUAGAGGCAGCGUCAGUGCCAGGGGAGGAGGGGCAGCCCCAGCAGGUCCCAGAGAGAAUGGGUACGGGAGAGUAAGAGGUGGUGGGUACGGAUUGGGUAGGGGAGCGAGUCAAAAUGGGUAUGGUGGCCCUCGAGGAGCGUCGGGAGGGGAUUUUGGUGCGCCCGCUACGAUCCCUAGUGGUGAGUGGAGGAGAGGAGAGAGGUUGCCGGAAUCCGGGUUUCGAGGUGGAAGAGGUGGGAGGAGACCAUACUGA